UUCCGAGCCCAGCUGCAGCUCCCCCUGCUCAGCCAGUGCAACAAGUAGCCCCGGUGCUGGGCAGGGCGCGCUGUAGCCGCUGCCGGCGGAGCUCAGAGGAGGGGCCGAGUAGCAGCCGCGGGGAAGGGGGGUGGGAUGCUGGAGAGGCACAAAGCCGGCGGGGGAAGCAGCCUGCCGCAGCUCUUCCCGGGAUGGAGGCGCCUCGCAGGCUCGGCUUGAUGCUGCUGCUGCCGGGGGUGGUUUGUGGCUGCUUCUCCCUCCUCUUGCUGCUUCCCCCCGUGGAGUCCAUGUGCCCGGAGCCAUGCGACUGCCAGCUGCAGCAGCACCUCCUGUGCACCAACCGGGGGCUGCGGGCCGUGCCCAAAACCGCCGACCCCCAGGGCAUCCUGACCUACAGCCUGGGGGGCAACUUCAUCGCCAACAUCUCUGCCUUUGACUUCCACCGCCUGGCGGGGCUGCAGCGCCUGGACCUGCAGUACAACCGCAUCCGCUGGCUGCACCCCAAGGCCUUUGAGCGCCUGGUGCUGCUGGAGGAGCUCUACCUGGGCAACAACCGGCUGGUGGUACUGGCGCCGGGCACCCUCCGCCCGCUGGCCAAGCUGCGCAUCCUCUACGUGAAUGCUAAUGAGAUCGGCCGCCUGAGCACUGCCUCCUUCGCCGGCCUGGGCAGCCUGGUGAAGCUGCGGCUGGACGGCAAUGCACUGGCCUCGCUGAGCGAAGCCACUUUCUCAGGGCUGCCCAACCUACUCUACUUGCACCUGGAGUCCAACCACAUCCGCUGGCUGAGCCGUGGCGCCUUUGCUGGCCUGGCCAAACUGCGCUUCCUUGACUUGUCUGGGAACCAGCAGAGUUCGCUGCGUCACCCAGAGACCUUUGGGCCACUGCGCUCGCUCAGCACACUGCUCCUGUCCAGCAACAGCCUGCAGCAGCUGGGUGGGGGCCUCUUUCAGCACCUGCCCAGCCUGGCCAAGCUCUCACUCAGCAGCAACCGGCUAACACAGCUGGCACCAGAUGCCUUUGCUGGGCUGGGGGCACUGAAGGAGUUGCGACUAGAUGGGAACCUGCUGAGCCACCUGCCUGCCACCUUGCUGGAGCCGCUGCGCAGCCUGGAAACACUGGACCUGAGCCGCAACAUGCUGGCUGCCUUGCACCCUACUGCUUUCGGACCCCUGCCCAAGCUGCGGGAGCUCAGCCUGCGCGACAAUGCGCUGGCUGUGCUGCCGGGGGAACUCUUCACCUCUAGCCUGGCUCUUCAACGCUUGGAGCUGGACGGCAAUGCCUGGAGCUGUGACUGCCGCCUGCGAGGCCUGAAGCACUGGCUGGGCACACGGCACUCACAGGGCCGGCUGCUCACUGUCUUUGUGCAGUGCCGCCUGCCACCCACUCUGGCUGGCAAGUACCUCGACUACCUUCAGGAUGCACAGCUACUGCCACCUGAUGGCUCCGACUGCCACAGCGGGACCUCCCCAUCUCCCUCCCUGCCACCUGCAACAGGGCAGUGGCCCAGGGAGCAACAGUGGCAGCUGAUUCUGGCCCCUGAGAGGCUUGGGGGAAACAGCAGCCACAGACCGGCCCAAGGGGGACCCGGAUCCCUGCCCUCUGCCUCCACUAUGCGCCUGCUGGGUGCUCAGGAGGGGCUUGCUCCAGCCCAAGGCAGCAGGAGAGCCGAGCCCACCCCUACGGCCUCCCUACUUGACCUGCUGGGCAGCUCCAGGCCACCCCCGCCUCUGGCUGGCCCUGCGUGGCCUCGGCGAGCGAGGAAGCACCACCUAGCCCCCUCUGUGGCUGGGGCCCCGCUGGUAUCCGACGCCUGCGACUUCAACAAGCUCUUCCUGUGCAACCUGUCAGUAGAGGCGGUGGGCACUAGCUCAGUGACGGUGCGCUGGUGGGUGCGGCCUCACCGCAGUCCCCGCCUGCUGGGGCCUGUGCGCUUCAGGCUCCUCUUCGACCGCUUUGGGGCCACUGUCAAGUUCCAGCGCUUCAUCUACCUGGCGGAGCGGAGCGAGACAGCUGCCACCCUGCGGGAGCUGCGCCCUGACACUCCUUACCUGGUCUGUGUGGAGGGAGUGCUGGGCGGCCGCGUCUGCCCGGUGGCGCCCCGGGACCACUGUGUGGGGCUGGUCACCCUGCCCGACGGGGGCGCAGCUGGCGGCCCAGACCAGCAGCUCCUCACACUGGUGUUGCUGGCAGUGAAUGCGCUGCUGCUCUUCGUGGCCCUGGCAGCCUGGGUAUCCCGCCUGGUGCGGAGGAAAAUGCAGGGGCGGCGGCAGGCAGCACCGGUGCACGUGCGACAGAUGUACUCAACCCGCCGGCCACUCCGCUCCAUGGGCACUGGCGUCUCUGCUGAUUUUUCUGGCUUCCAGUCCCACCGUCCGCCCCGCAGCGCCGUCGCUUGUGCCCUCAGCGAGACUGACCUCAUCGAGUUCCCAUGCGAGCGCUUCGCCGACAGCAGCAGUGCCCGCCGCGGGGAGGACCACCUACUGCAGCAGCGAUUUGCUGACUAGCAGUGUGGCCCAUGGAAACUACAACUCCCAGCUGGCCCCAUGCUGGCAUCAUGGUUUAGCAGAGCUUGCUGGGAGUUGUUGUUCCUCCCUGCCCCUGGUCGCCUCACCAUGAGCAGGGCUGCAUGGAACUUAAAGCUGUUGCCAAGCAGAGGGGGAGUGGGUUGAGAUGGAGCACCUGGAGUAAAGACCUAGGUGCUCCAUGUGGGUGAGUCUAACAGAUGGGACCCAAGCUUGUUACAUAAUUCCAGCACUGCAGUCUCAAUAUAUCAGUGUUCCUUUCUGCAGGUAGAAGGGGGCUGGAGUUCUCGUGGGCACAUCCCAGUUACCAGGAGGGGUUAUGUGGGGUUGGUUUUGGUCUGGCACAUUUAUUAUAAAGAAAUCCUUAAAAAUAUUAGUACUUUCUUGAGGAUUUAAAAAAAAUCAUUAACCUAAGGAAGUAACUCUGCAUUUUAAAAUAAUUGCUGUCAAGAAGAACAGAAGAGUAUCGGAGCUAAUGCACAUAGCAGCAGGGGUGGACUCUGUCAUCAGAGCCAGCAGUUUAUGUACUGUGUCUUUCAGGAUAAUCUUCUUGCACUGUGUUUAAGAAGGUCCAGGUUACCUUUCACUGGUCAAACAAAUAAUCCAAAUCACUGAUGUGAUACAAGAAAUGUGUUUGAAGUUUACUGAACACUGAUUUAUUAAACCCAUCAUCACUUUCUAGGCAUAUUAUUGAAAUAAGACUUUUAGGAACAGCAUCAAUUCCGAAUUCUGCAACAUACAAGGAAUCUGAAUAGAAUGGAAUAUAGAGCGUUUGAAUGAUAUGGUUGUUUUAACUCAAAUAGAAUGCAAGACAACUGUGUGUAUGUGUGUGGGUUUUAUGCCUUUUUAUAUAAAAAACAAUAAUGCAAUUGAUUUUAGUUUUGCAGGAAUAUAUUGCUGACACCACUAGGGAAAACUAACACAAGUUUUGUAACGUUUACAGGGAAUUAUUCCAAAAUUGUGUUUUAAAUAAAUACUGUUUGGUACUUCUACACUUUAAUGUGUGUUUUAGUUGUCUGGGUACAUGGUUGGUCAGUGGAUCACUGACCUUCAAAUAAUCCAUCUUUGUAGCUACCUGAGUGCAUACUAAGGUGAAUUAUUGAUUGAUAGGUAGCAUAGAUGCAUUCCUUCUUUAACAAUAAUAAGUGGAGGAUAUUUCAGAAAUGUGAAACAAACUUAUGCCAAUAAGUAAUUCUUAGUUUUACUGUACUAAAAUUAGUUUUAUAUGUACUUGUACCUCACUGUGAAAUUCAGUAAUUUUUUUAACGCUAAUCUGUGUUUCUCAGUGUUUUGCUCAGCUAAUUGAGUAAUGAUAAAGUUAAAUCUUUAUCUUGAGUUAAUCUUUUGCAGUAGUAUGUUACUCUUAUUUGAAUGCAUUUUUGUUUUCUGAGUAGUAUUAAUCAUUUUAUGAUUGGCUGCUCUCUGCUUUCUGGGAGUUUUGCUUCCCUAAAUAUUUACAAAAAUGUGCUUCUGCCACUAUUAAACAUGGUGGUUUAGUUUACAUUAGUUCUUUUUGCGUGGUCUAGAAAUGAGCUAAUUUUUAAAAAGUCCAAACUGUGGUUACAGUUAUAUGCAAAUAUUAUAGGAGUUACUUGUGCUCCUGUUCAUUUUACCUGGUGCCUCAAAUGAACUCUUGAGGAACUGAAUGGCUCAGGAGUUUGAUGAUAUAUGGAGGCAUCAGUCUCUAUGUCACUGGUUCACAUUUGACCUAGGUUGGUGCUGACCAGAAAGUUUUUUGUUUAUGGUCUGAUGAUUGUUCAGUAGCCUAAAUUAAGUCAUGUGGUGGUGUCUGUUUGCUUUUUAAUGAACAAAUAUUUACAAGAGGCACCAUAGUAAUUGGUACCCUUGUUGAGAGUCCAGUGACUGAAUGGGAAUGAGCCUUUUACACCCUGGAGAUGGCUUCUUAAUAUUAGGGUCCAAAUACAGUGAAGAGGGAGUGUUAGGAGAAUUUGCCUUAACACUUACCAGUUAUGUGCAGAGAGGAUUUCAGAGUGAAGUAUUGAUCCUAUUGACGUUAAUAGGAAUUUUUCUAUUGAUUUCAGUGGGGCUAGGAUUUCACCCUUAGUCUAAAGUUUCGUGAAGAUGUAUCUUUCAGGGACAAAAUCUUGUAGUCCACAUGCAGGAAAAUUUUCGCUUAAAAUCACUAAGAUGCAGGACUGAAUGAAAUUUGGAUUGAAGAAAUGCAGGAUCAGCUCUUAAGUUAAUUUUUUAAAUGUCUUAAACUCUUGGCUCGUUUACUUUCGUAUAUCUAUAUAGCUAUGGGACCCAUGUGAUUAAGUGAUUAUCGGUGGACAACACCAUUGUUAUUGCUAGAAAUUAAUGGGGAUUGCGUAGCAUUAAACUGUAUAUCACGCUUAGUUUAGCUCUAGCACUGGAUAUUCUUCUAAUAGGAGAUGCAUACAUACUGUACACAAUUAUGAUCAGUUAUGUCAAUAAACCCAUUUGCUAAAAGAAAA